AUGCCGCUCAGCACUCUCGACUUCCCUCCUCUCGACCUUCCAUUUGAUCCUAAUUCGUCCUCAGACAAUUUUACCUCUCAUCCUGCGGUAAUAUCAGCGGUCAAUAGAAUAGUGGCUGCGGCAGGACAGAUGAGCGCAACAGUACAGAUACCGUUCCUGACGUUCUGUGAUGCUGGCAUGGGUAUCAUUGAAGCUCAAAUUUUCUUCCCAGCUUAUGUUUUCACUGUUGUCGGUUUUGCCAAUCCUGAUACUUCUCCGAUACUUGGUUUCAUUUGCCUUCGUGUUUGA